CCCAUGUGCACAGGGCAAACGGAGAUCAAGGAGACUUUCAAGUACAUCAACACAGUGGUGUCCUGCCUCGUCUUCGUCCUGGGCAUCAUCGGCAACUCCACGCUGCUGCGGAUCAUCUACAAGAACAAGUGUAUGAGGAAUGGCCCCAACAUCCUCAUCGCCAGCCUGGCCCUGGGCGACCUGCUUCACAUCAUCAUUGACAUCCCCAUCAACGUCUACAAGUUACUUGCAGAGGACUGGCCCUUUGGUGUCGAAAUGUGCAAAUUGGUACCCUUCAUUCAAAAGGCAUCAGUGGGCAUCACAGUGUUGAGUUUGUGUGCCCUCAGUAUAGAUAGGUACCGAGCAGUUGCUUCUUGGAGUCGCAUUAAAGGAAUUGGAGUGCCAAAGUGGACUGCUGUUGAAAUCGUACUGAUCUGGGUUAUAUCGGUGAUAUUGGCUGUUCCAGAAGCUAUUGCAUUUGACAUGAUUACGAUGGAGUACAGAGGAAAGGAUCUUAGAAUCUGCCUGCUUCACCCCACGCAGAAAACAUCCUUUAUGAUGUUCUACAAGCAAGCUAAAGACUGGUGGCUGUUUAGCUUUUACUUCUGUUUGCCACUGGCUAUCACAGCAUUUUUCUAUACUCUCAUGACCUGUGAGAUGUUACGAAAGAAAAGUGGGAUGCAGAUUGCUUUAAAUGACCACUUGAAACAGAGACGUGAGGUGGCCAAAACCGUGUUCUGUCUGGUACUUGUUUUUGCCUUGUGCUGGCUUCCACUUCACUUAAGCAGAAUAUUAAAACUCACUAUUUAUGAUCAGAAGGACCCCAACAGAUGUGAACUUUUAAGCUUCUUUCUUGUGAUGGACUACAUUGGUAUUAAUAUGGCUUCACUGAAUUCCUGCAUCAAUCCAAUAGCUCUGUAUUUGGUGAGCAAAAGAUUCCAAAACUGCUUUAAGUCAUGCUUGUGUUGCUGGUGCCAAUCCAAAGAUCUGUUGUCCCUGGAGGAAAGGCAGUCCUGUUUAAAGUUCAAAACUAAUGAUCAUGGAUAUGACAAUUUCCGCUCCAGUAACAAGUACAGCUCUUCAUAAAAGCAGUGCAAGAGGUAUAUUCCCUUACAUUAAUGCUGGUGCCUUUUGAAGUAAAAGUGGCAAUUACUUUUAACGAGAUGGUAACGUUUAGAAAAGUCUAGUUUUUUGUUUGCACAAAAAAAAAAUAAUUAAGAAAAUGCUUGCCCUGAAGCUGUGUCACAUUGAAAAUUGUGGACAUUUAUAAAAUCUUCAUUUAUGGAACACGAAAAAAAGUGUAGAGAGAACAAGUCUUUGUUAGCACUUGAAUACUUCUGAAUCAGCACUUCCAAAUGAUCCCCACUUCCUGUACAUUAAACGAGCAUUUGUAUUCACUAUAACAGUAGUAGGAACUGAAGUCACAGUAAUUACUGAGCAGUAUAAUGUAAUGUUAAUUGGAUCAAAGCCAUUGUUAUAUAUAACUCAAUAUAUUAUCUUUUAUAAAGCUGAUUAACCACUAUCACUAUUGUGUUUUUUUUUUUUUUUUUUAAAUAGAACAUGAAAUACUUUGUAAUAGAAGUUUGAAAGUAAAGAAGUAACAUUUUUAUCAGGGGUAUUAUAGAAUUAGCUAAUGAAAAUAUUAAAGGAUGCAGUCAAAUCAAAA